UUUAGAAGCACUUAAUUUAAUUCAGUAAUAAUGUUUGUAUUAAACGCAGUGUUAUAUUUUGUCUUACUUACUGUAAUCAUCUGCUUUGUGUUAAAAAUUAAAAAUCUGUUAAAAAACCGGAAACAAUUGAAAAUAAUUCCUGGACCAGAAGCUAAAAAUAACCUUGGUGGCAGCAUUGCUCACUUACAAACAUCACUAGAUGUUUCGUUUAAGACGUUGCGAAAAUGGGCAAAACUAUACUAUCCAAUUUAUACUGUCACUAUACUUAACUACAUUUCCCCGAUUAUGUUACAUCCAGAUGAUUUUGAGCUCAUACUUUCCAAUCCCAAACACAUUGAAAAAAGUGAUGUUUAUAACGUUCUUCAUGGUUGGUUAGGUACUGGUUUACUCACGAGUACUGGACAAAAGUGGCUCAACCGAAGAAAAAUUUUAACUCCGGCGUUUCAUUUUAGCAUUUUGCAGCAAUUCGUUGAAAUAUUUAAUAAGCAUACAGAUGAUUUAGUGAAAAAUUUUGGAAAGUUGCUGGACCAAGCUUACAUUUCGGUUGACAGCCACGUUGCUCAGUUUACACUGAAAACCGUAGCAGAAACUGCAAUGGGAACAAAAUUGAAGUUUAUCAAAAAAGAGGAAAUAGAAUACAGACAGGCAAUUAUAGACAUGGGACAAAUCGCAGCGUACAGAAUGUUAAAUUCUUGGUUUAUAAACGGCUUUGUAAAUUUAUUUAGUCCAAACUAUUUUAAAGAGAAGAAGCUCAUUAAAACCUUACAUAAUUUCACUCGGAGUAUUAUAGCGGAUCGGGAACAAAUAACUGAAAAACUCAACGAUGACCCUGAUGAUCAUGAAGUUUACAAGGGAAGAAAACGGAUGGCUAUGUUGGAUUUGCUUUUAAAGACCAAAAACGAAGAAAAAACUAUCGAUGAGAAAGGAAUAUGUGAAGAAGUAGACACCUUUAUGUUCGAAGGUCACGACACCACAGCCACUGCUUUAAGUUUUGCGCUGAUGCUUAUAGCGUGCAACAAAAAUGUCCAAGAUUUAAUCGUUGAAGAAAUCGAAGCUGUAACAGGAGCGUUAAACAAAGCGCCAACAUUUAAUGAUCUUCAACAAAUGAAAUAUUUAGAGCGGGUUUUAAAAGAAGUUUUAAGACUGUAUCCAAGCGUCGCCCUCAUUGGUAGGAAACUCGGAGAAGAAUUAAUUACCGCAACGGGUUAUAGAAUACCUAAAGAUACGUUCGUCUACUUACAAAUUUAUGAUUUACAUCACAAUCCUGAAUUCUAUCCAGAUCCUGAAAAAUUUGAUCCUGAUAGAUUUUUACCAGAAAAUACAAAAGACAGACAUCCUUUUGCGUAUGUACCUUUUAGUGCUGGACCUAGGAACUGUAUUGGACAGAAGUUUGCUAUGUUGGAACUUAAAGCGGCUUUAUGUGGAAUAUUGUCUCAAUAUGUUUUAGAACCGGUGGAUACUCCUGACACGAUAACUUUAGUAGUGGAUGUUGUACUAAGAACUAAAGACAAGAUCAAAGUAAAAUUUCUUCCCAGAUUUUAAAUAAAACUUACAAAUUGUAAUUAAGCAGUGAAAAUGGUUUUGAAAAAUGUAUCCAAAUAUUUGGUUUUACUUAAAAUAUAACCCUCGUAAUUUA